UGAUAAAGGGGGUGAGGAGGACAGGGCGGCUCGGGAUGAGAUUGGGGACAAGCUGGGUGGGGGUUCUGGAGUGGCUGAAGGGGAUGUUGGGAGUGCGGAUUGGGGAUCUGAGACGGAGGAGGAUGGGGGUUCUCUUCAUUCUGUUGAUGACGGGGACGCCGCUUCGGAUACGGAUGAGACGGAUGAGACGGAUGAAGCGGAUAAGCCAGAUGAGGCGGAGGAGGUGGAUGAAAUGGAUGCCCUAGCUCCCUUGCCAAAACGCAAGGACAAAGGCAAGGCGCAGAAGAGGAAGAGGAAGACGGCUGAGAAGGGCGAAGUCAAAACGGAGGUGGUGUACAUGGACAGAACCGUCUACGUCGAUCGGCCGGUGGAGAAGGUGGUUGAAGUGGACAGAGUAGUAGAAGUGGAAAGAGUGGUGGAAGUGGAGAGAGUAGUAGAAGUGGACAGAGAGGUGGAAGUGGAUAAGACACCGCCAAAGAAACAGAAAGCACAACUAGGAAAAUGGGGGCGUGUAAAAAAGGCUGGCUUGAAAUUUGGUAAGUCUACACUACCCCAACCAUAGUCGAGCGAACAGCGAGUAACUGACCAUAACCUACAGCCAAGGAAGUGUUUGCAAGAUAAGCUUAGAAGCUAGUCGCCCUGAGCAAUGGA